AUGGUGUCAGGGAUCGUCAGUAUCCAAGCCUCAGAACACCUUGAUGAAUAUGAAGAUGAUGAAGCAGGGCAGAAGGAGCGAAAGAAGGAGGAUGCUAUUACCCAACAGAAUACGAUACAAAAUGAGAGUUCCAGUGCAGAUACCCCUGGCUCAUACUUACUACAGGAUUCCUCCAGGAUGGUUUCAAGCAGGUAUAAAAGCACAGCUAAUGCACCAGAAGACGAUGCUCCAAAUAGAUACUCCCGAACAGACAGGACAACUUACAGCAGAUACAGCAGGGAUGCAAAUUCUUCUGGCAGUUCUGUACCAAGUAAUGCUUUGGAAAAGAGGAUUGAGGAACUUGAAAGGGAACUUGCAAAGGAGAGACAGGAAAAUGCAAGAUUAAUGAAGAUGACACAGGACAAAGAGGAACUAAUUGGAAAGCUGAAGGAAGAAAUUGAUUUAUUGAACAGAGACCUAGAUGAUAUAGAAGAUGAAAAUGAACAAUUGAAGCAAGAAAAUAAAACCCUCUUAAAAGUUGUUGGACAGCUGACAAGGUAG